UCCAUCCAUCAGUUUCAUCAUCAAUUUCUGCUUGCCCCUGCCUGCCAACUACUUUUCUUCCCAUCCAUUCAGCUUAUCUUAGCUUAGCUUAGCUUCCUUGAACUCCAACACAACACAAUCAGUCUCUUCUCCUACUGUGUUCCCAAGGUGAGGAAAUCAGGUUUAGCCACACCGAUUAACGGGAUGGUCGUGGUGAGAUCGCCAAGCUUCGGAAGGUUAGAACAUGCAAAGAAACCUCUUGCUCUCACAGCCAAAAACAACAACAACACGAUCAUCAUGGCCAACAACCAGCCCCAGGUUCUGGGAAGGUCAAUGAGUUUCAAGGACUGGGAGGAGGAGGAGGAGGACUGCAUUCACAACAACAACAACACCAACAUGAUGACCAAGAAGAAGCAAACCUCGUCAUCGUUAGCGAUGAGCAUAAAGAAGCCGAGCAUUGUGGUCCCCGAGCCGGUGGCGUUCUUCUCCCCGCGGCGGCCGGCCAGCGAGCUGGACGCCGCGGCGACGACGGUCCAGAAGGUGUACAAGAGCUACCGCACCAGGAGGAACCUGGCCGACUGCGCGAUCGUCGCCGAGGAGCUGUGGUGGAAGGCGCUGGAUUUCGCCGCCCUGAGGAGGACCUCGGUGUCCUUCUUCCACGGCGACAAGCACGAGACGGCCGUCUCCAAGUGGUCCCGCGCGGCCAAGAGGGUCGCCAAAGUUGGCAAGGGCCUCAUGAAAGAUGACAAGGCGCGGAAGUUGGCGCUGCAACACUGGCUCGAAGCGAUCGACCCACGCCAUCGAUAUGGACACAAUCUCCACCUCUACUACGAUGUCUGGUCUGGUACCAAAAGCACCCAGCCUUUCUUCUACUGGUUGGAUAUAGGAGAUGGGAAAGAGGUGAACCUGGGGAAAUGCCCGAGGGUCAAUCUGCAGAAGCAGUGUAUUCAGUAUCUUGGGCCGAAAGAGAGAGAAGCUUAUCGAGUGGUUGUGGAGGACGGGAAGCUGGUCUACCUCCAAUCAGGAACGCCAUUGACCACAAACGAAGAGUCAAAGUGGAUAUUUGUGUUGAGCACAACCAGAAACCUGUACGUCGGGCAGAAGAAGAAGGGCAAAUUCCAACACUCCAGCUUCCUCUGCGGCGGGGCCACAACUGCCGCCGGAAGGCUCGUUGCCCACCACGGCGUUCUCGAGGCAAUCUGGCCGUACAGUGGGCACUACCUCCCAACAGAGGAAAACUUCAAGGAGUUCAUCGGCUUCCUCGAUGAACACAACGUGGAUUUGACCAACGUCAAGCCACGUGUGAAGAAUUACUCGGCAGGAAAAUCCUCUGAAGCCUGCAACUUCGAUGGGAAGAAACCUAGAAUUGAGGGAUCAAACAAGGAAUCUGACAAAAUGCAAGGACCAGCUUUGAGAUUAUUUCAAAGAACAAAUUCUGAGACAUCACUUCACAUGGUCUAGUCCAGCAAAAAUUGGCAAACUGAGCUUCAUUUAGUAAGGUAGUCAAAGAACUAGCCAACUAAUGACAGGGUGGAUGAAUAUCACGAAGCUCUUGUUGUACAAUGGCUAUGUGUUGGUUGUACUCCUCUAACAUUGUAACCCUCUCCUGCUGACAAGCAAGUAGGCUAACAAAAACAAAAAUCAUUCCACCUAAAAACCACCCCAUUCCAUGAACUUCUUGACUUCAUCAUACAAAACAAGUAUAGCAGCGGCACCAGUGCUUCUAAACAUGUUGGAAAGAGCACCACGGUAAAAUGAAGCUACUCCUUCUGUCCUGUAAAUUGUUCUCCAACAGUCACCUGUGUUGCGGUACAUUGGUUGCUCCGACCCAGAUUGCAUCAUCAUUCGCCUCCGAACUGUAUCCAAUGGAUAGGAAAACAAUCCAGCAGAGGUUGUUACAGCCUGAGCCACCAACCAGCGCAUCCACAAUGGCAGUUCGGGUUUGGCUUCUUCACACAAGAUCUCCUUCAUUGUAUCAAACCCACCAAAAUACAAACCUCGAUGGACGACCAUCCCUUGUAGCGAGGCAGGAAGACCUCUGUAUAUACCGCGAAUUCCCUCUUUCUUUCUUAUGGUUGUAAGGAAAUGAUACACACCUUUGAACUCACGAACAUCAGUUCUGCCAAUGUCAGCAGCAAGGCGUGUGUGUGCGAUAUCUAGUGGGUAUAUUAUGAUCAAAGUUGUGCAGCCUGCAGCAGACCCAGCAAUGAAGUUGGCUGAUGGGCCGGCAAAAAAUUUCCCAUCUUGACCAGGACUUCGUAAUACGUUUCUGUACAAAUCCUUGAGAGAGAAGUUGAGAGCAACAGAAGGAUAAUAGCGAAGGACGCUACUGCCAUUGCCUCUCCAGAGUGAGAGAAUUCCUUCUUCCCUCACCGUUCGGGCAAGACAAUCAACCAUGCCCUUGAAUUUCCUGUGACCGCCGCCCAGAAUGGCCAUGUUGCUCUCUUGGGUCUGCAA